GGUUGCAGUUGACGUUUUGAUAUAAUAUUAAUAUGUUUGCUGCUGCCACCAAGAGCUUUGUCAAGCAAGUUGGAGAUGGAGGGAGAUUAGUUCCUGUUCCAAGCCUCAGUGAAGCUGACAAAUACCAGCCCCUAAGUCUGGUGGUGAAAAAGAAGCGAUGCUUUCUGUUUCCUAGAUAUAAAUUUACCUCAACACCUUUUACAUUGAAAGAUAUUCUCAUAGGGGACAGAGAAAUUUCAGCUGGGAUUUCAUCUUAUCAGUUACUGAAUUAUGAAGAUGAGUCAGAUGUUUCACUUUAUGGAAGGCGAGGCAACCAUAUUGUGAAUGAUGUGGGGAUUAAUGUUACUGGAUCAGAUUCUAUUGCAGUCAAAGCUUCAUUUGGUGUAGUAACCAAACAUGAAGUGGAAGUAUCAACAUUGCUCAAGGAAAUUACAACACGGAAAAUUAAUUGUGAUCACAGCUUAAUACGUCAGUCAAGGAGCAGCCGAAAGGCAGUACUGUGUGUGGUCAUGGAAAGUAUCCGAACCACACGGCAGUGCUCACUAUCUGUGCAUGCUGGAAUUCGUGGGGAAUCAAUGCGGUUUCAUUUUAUGGAUGAACAGAAUCCCAGAGGAAGAGACAAAGCUAUUGUUUUUCCAGCACACACAACCAUAGCUUUCAGUGUUUUUGAACUCUUCAUUUACCUGGAUGGUGUCUUUGACCUUUGUGUCACUUCAGUGUCAAAAGGAGGAUUUGAAAGGGAAGAAACGGCAACAUUUGCACUGCUCUACAGAUUGAGAAAUAUCCUAUUUGAAAGAAAUAGAAGAGUGAUGGAUAUCAUUUCCCGGUCACAACUUUACUUAGAUGAUCUUGUUUCUGACUUCUAUGACAAAUCUCUAAGUAUGACUGAUAUUUCACUCAAAGAAGGGACUCAUAUUCGAGUCAACUUGCUCAACCACAACAUUCCAAAAGGGCCUUGCAUACUCUGUGGAAUGGGGAACUAUAAAAGGGAGACAGUUUAUGGGUGCUUUCAGUGUUCUGUUGAUGGACAGAAGUAUGUGAGACUUCACGCAGUUCCUUGCUUUGAUAUUUGGCACAAGAGAAUGAAAUAAAAUGAAAAAUGAAUAUACCUUGCUGGUGUUCUAGGUGCAAAUUGUGCCAUAACUUUUACAAAAUUAUCUUUAUUCUUUCUGAUGAAUU